GACCGUACCUCGUUGUAGUCUAAGUCGUAGUUAUGUAUCCGCAACUGGAAGUGGACCCCGAGCUGACUGACCGGGCAACCAAGGUGCGUUUGCUGCCCAUCACUACGGAUGCGAAGGCUGCCUCCUGUCCGAACAGCAACGACAACGACAAUGCCACCAAAACGGCGCCGCCGCCUAGCAAGUGGAAGCGAGCGCUGCUGCGUCAUGUGCCUGUGUUUCAAUGGCUGCCCGCCUACAACAUGGAAUAUGGCAUCGAUGAUCUUAUAGCUGGCGUCACGCUGGGCCUCACAAUCAUACCCGAGAGUAUUGCCUGCGCCCUGCUGGCUGGCCUGCCCGGUCACUAUGGCCUCUGCUCGGCGAUUAUUGGACCACUCAUCUAUUUGAUAUUCGGAUCCAUUGACAAGGUCAUCAUUGGACCCACUAGUCUUGUGGCGCUGGUCAGUCUGCAGUUCACCGUUGGGCGACCCAUUGAAUUCGCAAUUUUGCUCACAUUUCUCAGUGGCAUUGUGCAGAUCAUUAUGGGCUCUAUGCGCUUAGGAUUCAUCUUUGAGUUUAUAUCGAUGCCGGUGAUCAAAGCCUUCUCCUCGGCAACAGCGGUGCUGGUUAUCGAGUCCCAGCUCAAAGUGCUGUUGGGCAUCAAGUACUUAGUGCCGGGCCUCAUCAACUCAGUCAGCACUCUCAGCUCUCGGAUCAGUGAAGCCAACAUGGCUGAUCUGAUAAUGGGCAGUUGUGCCAUCACAUUUCUGCUGCUGCUGGAGCUGCUGGAAAGAGUGGCACACGAUGAUAAACACGGCAAGGUUUUGCGCACCUGCUGCCGCUAUUUGUCCACGUCGAGGAAUACGCUCAUUGUGCUCAUCGCUGGCAUUGUCUCCUACAUUUGGCUUGGCUACGCAGAGACAGUGCCCUACGCCCUCAGCCAUAACGCCCUAUCCAGCUUACCAAAUUUUACAAUACCCAGUAUGACUGUAGAAUCUCCAGAACGUAGCUAUAGCUUCUGGGAGAUCUUAAAUGAGCUCAAGGUGGGCAUCAUUGUUAUUCCCAUUGUGGGCAUACUGACAAAUAUAUCCAUUGGAAAACUGACACCCAAGGGUCUGGUGGAUACGAAUCACGAGCUGCUCGCGCUCGGACUGUGCAACACAUUUGGAUCCUGUGUGCAGGCGAUGCCCUCAUCGGGCGCCUUUACGCGCUAUGCGAUCAGCACGGCCUGUGGCCUCAAGACGCCAAUGGCCAACAUGUAUCUGGGCAUCAUUGUGCUGUUGGCGCUGAGCUAUCUGAGUCCCUUCUUCAAUUAUAUACCGGAGGCGACAUUGGCGGCGAUUUUGAUUUGCUCGAUCAUGACACUGCUGGACUUUAAGUUACCGAUGCGACUGUGGGGCGAAUCGAAACGGGACUUUGGCAUCUGGGUGCUGUGCUUCUGUGUGUGUGUGCUGCUUGGCGUGGAGGUGGGUCUGUUUGUCAGCAUCAUUGUGACGGCGCUGCAUCUGCUGUUCCUGUGGGCACGCCCGGAGAUAGUGGUGAAGAUACAGGAAAUGGACGAUAUGCAGUAUAUUUCUGUGGUGCCCGGCAAUGGCAUCUAUUUUCCGGCCAUCAAUCAUCUACGAGGUCUGGUGCUGAAGGCCAGCACUCGGGCCGAUUUCAAGAUCACCGUCGUUAUCGAUGGCCACAAGAUAACCGGUCUCGAUUAUACAGCGGCUCAGGGCAUAUCGAAGCUGUCGAAAGAUUUGUGCCGCCAAUCGGAUGCGUCCAGCUCGACACUUUUGAUACUCUACAGAUUUCCAGCGCAUUUGCAGAAUCUGAUCGACUUGACGGACAAUUUGGUGUUCUGUGAGAACGAGGCCAGGGUGAAGGAGUUUCUAACACAAGAAUCCCUACGCAACGGUUAUAUCAAUCUAAAGGACCACAUACGCGCUUCCAUCGAUCUGGGCUAUAAGAUUGAUAUCGAUUAGUUGCAAAUAAUCCAUUUUAGCACUAAAUUUCACUUUAUUAUUUAUUUAAAUAUAUUUGCCGAUGUUGUCUUUGCUCCAAAAUCCAAAUAUAAAUCCACCAUAAAUUGAUAGUCGCGUUCUGUCGAAAACUCCGGAAAGCGAAACAGGAGUGCUAAAGUGGAGCAAAUGCGCUGAUGGCAGCAAUUUAUAAAAGCCAAUCUGGCCUCUGACACUCUUAUGCACUCCACUCACACACACACACACACUAACCCACACACACAAUGCGGUCAGUGGAACGGUGGGUGGCAUUGGGUUUAGAGAGUAGUGGCUUUGCCACUGCCGGCGCCGCCAAUGAUUGCCGAGCUAAUGGAUUUCUGUUUACUUUUUCACUUAGACCGCCGAGCGGCGGGCGCAGCUCUAAAAACGAACGUAGAAAAAAAACGAGACCUAGAAAAAAAUGUAGCAAAAAGCGUAAAGAAAUUAAAGAAAAGCGAAAGCACAACACUAACUCAACCUAUUUAGUUUUUGAAAAACAAAAACUGGGAAAAACUGCAAGAAAUUAAACUAAAAUCCUGGCGUAAAGUGGAUCAAACUAAGAAAAAAAUGCUGGAGAACCAGAGGCAAAUAAAAAGAGAGUGAGAGCGAGAGAACGAGAACAAGAACGAGACAGAUAGAGGUAGAAACAAAGAGCGUCUAACGAAGCUUAAAUGCCCUGGGCAUGUUUUGAUUGUUCUUAGCCGCUUUUUGGUUAUUCCUAAAAAGAUUUUUUUUAAGUGAUUUCCAAAUUAAUUGGCAUAAUAGCUUGCAUAU